CGCCCGGCCCCCGCGCCCCGGUUAAGAGUCACCUUCCGCCUCCGCUGCCGGUUACUGUCCCCUAAGCGUGGAGUAGCCGGCGUGCUGAACGGGGGAGCGGCCGCUCAGCGCGGCGCGGACUAUCAGAUCAGUGCCAGGAGCAGACCUCCCUGCCCAGGGCACACAGCAUUAUGGCCGAGCCAGACUACAUGGAUGACGACUGUGACGACCUCAUCAGGCCCAAGAAGCUGGUGAACCCGGUAAAGACGUCCCGUAACCAUCAGGACGUCCACAGGGAGCUGCUGAUGAACCAGAAGAGGGGCCUGGCUCCUCAGAACAAGCCGGAGCUGCAGAAGGUUCUGGAAAAGAGGAAGCGUGACCAGGCUGUCAAGCAGCAGAAGGAGGAGGAGGAGGCACACAGGAAGCAGUCAGAUCUGGAGGUGGAGCUGCAGAAGCGGCAGCAGAGGCUGGAGCAGAUGGAGCUGCAGCAGCAGAGGGAUGAAGAAGAGCAGGAAAACGCCCCUGAAUUCAUUAAGAUGAAGGGCAACCUCAGGAGGACAAGACAGGAGGCGGGGCCACAGGAGGCGGGGCCUCAGGAGGCGGGCUGCUAGGGGCCCCUGCUGCCCUGGCGAUGGGGAGGCAGUCUGUCUGAUGUGUGGAGCAGUGGACUUCAUGUAAAUGGGGGCCUGUCACAUCAGUGUUCAUAUCCAAACCCCACCCCACCCCCAGAAGCUGACCUGCUGCUGUCACAGCGCCACCUGGAGGAGAGACGUGGUUGAUGUGAUGUGUAUGGGCGGGAUCUCGGGCACUUGCUGGACGCCUCAGUGCCGCAUAGAUGUAUGUAAAGCCAAAGCUGUGACCUGGAUGCUUUCUGAAUGCUUGUACUUUUAGGACUUUCUCCUCUGGACCCACGGGAUCCUCCCCAGCCGUGCAUCAUUCUGGGUAUGAUAAGAGUAGGAAUUUUUAUGUGCUCGGACAGAUGCUCUGAGACGUGAUUGCUGCAGCCUCUAGCUGCAGGAAAUGCCAGUAAAGAUCAGAAGAGGCAUUUUCUUGUUGACCUUAGGGCUGUAUGGGAGGGACAUGGAGUGAAGGGGACUGCAUCCCUACCUUCAUCUCACCCUGACUCUGCUGCCUGUCCAGCCAUCGCUGACCACAGUCUUAUCCCUUUGCUUCUUUAAAAUGCUUUUUUGCUUAGAGCACAGGGUAACAAUGCAUGUUGCAAGUGCCAGCUAAGCUAAGCUGAGCAUCAUGGAUAAACGCAUGAGUUCGUCUGCUGUGACUAUAUGAGGAACGAAAUCUCCAAAGGCCACAAUUACCCGGUUCUGAUGUCUCUCCCAGCUGAAUUCUUUACUAUUAUCUUGACAUAAAUUCUGCUGUGAGGUCUGUCAUGCCUUAGCACUGAAGUGAGGCUCCAGGAAGUGCAGUAUCAUGUAUGAUCAGGAGAUGGCAGCAUAUCACACAUCACCUGUUUGGAAAUUUCAACUAAUUUCAGGAAGCUGAUAUCAGCCGGAUGUAAAGGUCUUGUUAAACAUCCUGUAGCUUUAGUUUGUUUUCUUCAUGGCUGAAAGAAAUAAAGCCUGCUUUUGAAA